AUGCAUGUUCUGAAAUUAACACGUACAAUUUGUAUGAUCACUGGAUGCUUCCGACCGCAAUCGUGGACGUCUUUGUUUAAACGGAUAAUUUACGACAUCUACAGAUUAUACGUAAUUAGCAUUAUAUGUACUUUCACAUUCUCGCAAAUAAUGGACAUUGUCAUGAAUGUUGAUAAUCCUAACGACUUCACUAAUAAUUUGAAUAUGAUGUUAAAUAUGUCGGCUUCGUGUUAUAAGUUUUAUAUCGUCUCUUCAAGUUAUAAAAACAUCGUUGCAUUGAUUAAUUAUCUUACUGAAGAACCAUUUAAACCGUUAGAUUUGGGUGAAAUAAAAAUUCGACGACAAUAUGAUAAAAUAAUACGAAACAAUACUUUGCGGUACGCGAUCAUGAUUCUGACAGCAUGGACAUUUAUGACUUUGAUGUCGUUGCUCACGAACUUCAGACACAGGAAGUUAACAUACAGAGGAUGGAUACCGUACGAUUAUUCAUCUUAUAUAAAAUUUUGUCUUACAUAUAGUCAACAAUUAUUAAGCACGUUCCACGGUGCUUCCAUAAAUAUUGCUGGCGAUACUCUCCUGUGCGGGCUUUUAAUGCACAUAUGCUGUCAGAUUGAGAUCUUGGAAUAUCGUCUAAAAAAACAUUUGUGUGAUCAAUUUAGUCUGGGCUAUUGCAUACGCCACCACAACCGAAUUUUUGAAUUUGCGCAGAUGGUGAAUACAAGAUUUACACAAAUAAUUGGAUUUCAGUUUAUGGCAAGUACAAUGGUAACAUGUUUUAAUUUGUAUCAACUGACUAAGUCAACUUUGAAUGUAGAUCAUUUUGCGCUGAUAAUGUACACGUGUGCCACGCUAAUACAAAUUUUUGUUUAUUGUUGGUUUGGAAACAAAGUCAAAUUAAAGAGUUUGCAUUUAACAGACAGUAUUUUUCAAAUGGAGUGGCCAGUUGUAGAAAAUAGUGUUAAAAAAGACAUCUUAAUAAUUAUGAAGCGUGCAAUGAUACCGAUUGAAAUUACUACUAUACAUAUUCUGAUUAUAAAUUUGGAUUCCUUCGUAGCGGUCAUUAUGAAUAUUAUACUAAAUAUUAACAACUUUGGCGAAAUAAGUGAUAAUAUAUAUAUGACGUUGACGGUAUUCAUCGCGACUUAUAAAAUAACUACAAUGUGGAUAAUCAAGGAACAUGUCAUAACGAUAAUCAAUGUUAUUACGGAGGAGCCUUUCAAACCGUCGGAAUUAUGCGAAGUAAUAAUUCGACAAAAACAUGACAAAACGAUAAAGAAAUACGCAGUAUGGUGUUAUGGCCUCAUCCAAGUAACAGUCAUAUGCAUAAUUUUAAAUGCUAUCUUUAUGGAUUUUAUUGAAGGAAACUUAACAUACAAAGCAUGGGUGCCAUUCGACUACACAUCAUCUAUUAUAUUUUUGUUGGUAUUUACUCACCAAAUGAUAGGUAUGUCAAUCUGUGCGGCUGUAAACCUUGCCUGUGAUUGCUUGUUAUCCGGACUCCUGCAGGAGAUCUGCUGUCAGUUCGAGAUUCUGGAAUACCGGUUGACGAAAAUUUUACAUGAAAAACAUAUUCUUCGCGAUUGUGUACGUCACCACAAUCGUAUAUAUGAAUACGCUCAUAUAAUAAAUCGCAGGUUUGCGAAAAUAAUUGCUCUCCAAUUCGCAGUAAGCAUGCUAGUGGUGUGUGCUAAUUUAUAUAAAUUAGCUGCUAUUUCUCUCCUGAUGAUGAAUGGAAGUCUUGUUACACUGUUACUGUAUACGGCCUGCAUGUUAUCACAGAUCUUCCUCUAUUGUUGGUUUGGAAAUGAACUCAAAUUAAAAAGUACCGGAGUAGCAAACAGCAUAUAUAAUAUGAAGUGGCAGGAGCUGGAUAACGAAAGUACAAAAUCUCUCCUGUUAAUCAUGAGACGUUCGAUGAUUCCCAUUGAAUUUAAUAGCGUGAUUGUCAUUACAUUAAAUCUUGACUCGUUUGUAGCUGUCAGUAUGUUAAAGAUAAAUUAUAUACAAUAUGCAUAUACGGUGAAUAAUAUGUUCGCGAAAAUAAUUGCUAUCCAGUUUGCUGUGAGCAUGUUGGUAGUGUGCUCGAAUUUGUAUCGAAUAGCUAUGGCGACCAAUUACGUUAGUUUCAUUCCACUGAUAAUGUAUACGAGUGCUAUUUUAGUGCAGAUUUUCAUCUACUGCUGGUUUGGAAAUGAAAUCAAGUUAAAAAGCCUUCAAUUGAUAAAUAAUAUUUAUGAUAUAGAAUGGCUGGCGCUUAGCAAUAGUAACAAAAAAAUUCUCUUAUUAAUGAUGAAGCGCGCAAUGACUCCUAUCGAAUUUACCAGCGGGUACAUAAUCACGAUGAAUCUUGAGUCGUUUGUAGCUUUACUUAAAAUGUCAUACUCGGCUUUCAACUUGUUGCAUCAAACGCAAGAUUAA